UCUCAAUAUAACUGUAUCAGAGGAAUGUGAUGGGAGGGGCCAACAGACUCCAUCCUGUCCAUUGAUAGAUAUAUUACUAUAUAAGAGACGAUCACACUCUCAAAGGGUCACAUUUGGUCGAGUCUCAUUGCUGGAGUCACAGGACAUUCACAAUGCGGUGUCUGCUUUCAGCUUAUCUUCUGCCACUGAUUCUGCAUUCAUGCACCGGUGCAGACUGGUGCUACCAGACGCAGGUUAGCUGUACUUCCCACUGUAAAGGACCAGACAAAUGGAGUGACGUGAAUGAAGAAUGUGGGAAAAACAGACAGUCACCAAUCAACAUAGUGACGAAGAAAACCAAGCUGAGCGAGCGACUGACGCCUUUCAAAUUCACCGGCUACCAGGACACAUUCGAAAGCAUCAUAAAGAACAACGGCCACUCGGUUCAGGUCAGUAUUCCCAUCAUAGCCACAGUGUCUGGAGGAAACCUGGAUGGAACGUACAAGGCUGUGCAGUUUCACCUCCACUGGGGUAAAGACGGAGGGCCUGGAUCUGAACACACCAUCGAUGGAGAGCAGUAUCCCAUGGAGCUGCAUAUUGUGCACAUGAAACAAAGAUACAACAGACUUGAAGAGGCACUCAGAGAUCCUUCUGGAGUCGCCGUGUUGGGAUUCUUCUAUGAGGAGUCAAGCAGCUCAAACAGAAAGUACGACCUCCUCACACAUGCCCUGCGCAGCAUACAGAACACAAAUGGAAACACGACCCUUCGUAAGAUUUCUCUGAAUCAGCUCAUUCUGUCUGAAGCGAACAUGACUAACUAUUACCGGUAUGACGGGUCACUAACAACACCGGGCUGCACGGAGGCUGUGGUGUGGACAGUGUUUGAAAACCCCAUUCCCCUCGACAAGGAACAGCUUCGUGCAUUUUCCACCCUAAAAUUUAAAAGUGGGGAUCCAAUGGUGGGAACGUUCAGACCCGUGCAGCCUCGUAACGGACGUGUGGUGUAUCGGUCCAGCAGCGCGGCGGUCGCGGCCAGCGCCGUCCUCCUUUUGGCCUCCAUCAGCACAGCGUUUGGUCUGUCCCAUCUGAACUAGAGCAAGACCGACCCAUUACCUGCACAAGUAACACAAUGAGUUCUCAUCGAAUCAACGGACCAAAAGGAUCAAACCUAUAAAGACAAAUCACAGAAUUACAGUGUCCCAAACGCUUCCAACUGAAUAAAACCACAAACGAGCCAUUUCUACAGGAGUAGUUAGUGUAGAAACGAUGGUGGUCGACUGCAUGAGUAGAAGACCAUUAGACGUUUGCUCAUAGCUAUCUAUAGGAGCUGGACUAAAGCCACUCGGACCCUCUGUGAAGGUCUGACGUGUAAUAAAUGCAUGACCUUUAUCUGUUAUAGACAUCUGCCAAGACACAUGCAUAUACACACACACACACACACACACACACACACACAUACACAAACACACGGCUAUAUUUAUGAGGCUGGAAGGCUUUCAUGUGACAUGCUGGAGAUGUGCAUUACAAAUACACACAACGAUGAUCAGCACUCUACAAGAGUAUGAUGCAGAGGUCAAGGGUGAAAGGUCACAGAGCCUCGAGAAUAGAGCAGAGAGAAAGCCAGACAGCGCAAAUACACAACUUUACAUUUACAUGAAUUAAAUUGACACUUUCUUAUGGUGUUAUUACACAAACUUUAACCCCUUUAAAUGACCAAAUAUUACAGUGCAUUUACUAUAUAUUGGGUCACUGUAUAUAUAUAUAUAUAUAUAUAUAUAUAUAUAUAUAUAUAUAUAUAUA